CCCCGGUGGCGGCGGCCGUGCGGUCGCACUUCAACGAGUGCCCGGACUCGCACCGGCAGUUCUGCUUCCACGGCACCUGCCGCUUCCUGGUGCAGGAGGAGAAACCCGCCUGCGUGUGCCACUCGGGGUACGUGGGCACACGUGCCACUCGGGGUACGUGCCACUCGGGGUGCCACUCGGGCUGCUGUCGCCUGCGGAAGCGCUGGCCCUGUCCCUGUCCCUGUCCCUGUCCCGGUUGGUGCCGCGAGCCCGGAGCUGGCGCUGAGAAACCGGGGGGGCUGCUCAAGGGGGGAGCGUCCUGCUGCCACAGCGAGACAGGUGGG